AGAGGGAACAGAAGUUUAUCAGGUCGCAGGAGACGAGAUAAUCAUGCCUGGCCCCAGUGGGAAAAAGAGACUUGGCUCUCGGCGGAAGAUGAUCAAACACGAAAUGCCUGAGAAUUUUACUUCAUCACACCAGUCACCUGUACCACAACCUGAAGAAAGUACUGAUGAUACACUUUUGGAAACUGAUACACUUUCAUCAGGGCUUUUGGAAACUGAUACACUUUCAUCAGGGCAGAAAGCCAACAGAAGAAGGCUGGGCUCAAAUCAACAAAGUGAAAGAAGUUAUGAAGGUGAGCAGUCUGUUACUGUAUCAUACCACAAACCUACAGAGGAAGUUGAGCAAAAUGCCAGUAGAGAACAACUCAAAGCAACACAAAUGAUACCAACGGAACAAGCUCUUAAAGGGGGAUCUAAUAAGGCAGAUGAGUAUGAUGCAAUGCAUGGGGCACAUUUUUAUACAGCCGCCACAUUUGAUGACACUUUGAAUGCUGUAGAUCCUGAUGUGGAAAUACUUCAACCAAGAAAUGAGACAUUGCAUUUGAAUCACAAUGCAGAAGAGAGUGGCUUUAGACUGGUGGUUGAGCCCUGUAAACCAGUGGAACACACAGGCAGUACUGCUGAAGUGGUUGUUUCCAGUACACAUUCUACUGAUGAGCCACAGCAGAAAGAGCAAGCAGAGGUACAUACUAAUCCAAUAACAAAUGACACCGAAAAGGAAAUGAUUAAAGAAACAGACCUGGUACCUCUUGUCGAACAUUCAAGAGAGGGCAGAAACUUUAGGAAAGGACCGGAGAGAGCCCUUUACAAUAUUGACUACAGUGAAAAUGAUGACAUUGAAUGUUGUGUUGAGCAACCAGACUAUUCAUUAGCAAUAAAGGAACGUCCUGCAAAUGAGGAACAUGAGCAUUUUGACAUUUCAAAAGUGCAAGGUGCUCAGCAUUCAGACACAGUACAUGAAAAUGUUAAAUCAUCAGAAACGGACCAAGAUGAACGCUUUGAAAUAUUGACACACGACCAUAGAGAACAUACUGAUGAAACUAUUGAACAUUUAAAAAAUGAAAUUAUGGAUAUGGCCAUGCAUCGCUCUGAAUUGGUUGUGCAAAGCCGUAAUGAUUCGGAUAUACAUUUACAUGAAAAACAGGAAGAUCAUCUUUCAAAAGAUGACAAUGUAAAGGUUCUACACAAGGGAGAUGAGAAUGAUCCAAUUUCUAAUACCAAUAUAAAGGUAUUGACUAAUGUUGACAAAGGACAUACACCACCCCAGGAACAUGACGUUAAUGUUCAAGCGGCCUAUGAUGAGGAACUGUGUGCUAAAAGAGCUGGUAGUGAAAUUGAGGAGGGUGAAUUGGAUUUACAAAGUGUGCAAACAAAGAAAAAGUUUGUUGUCAACUCUCAAAGUGAGGGCAACAGUUUGAGUGCAGAUGAGCAAAGAGCGUCCCUCUGUCCAACCAGAAGCAGGAGAAAACUAGGCUCUAGUCGACGAAACAAAGGAAGUAGUGUAGAGGUAUUUGACACAAACAGUGACUCCAAAAAUGAUGCUGUUGGAAAGAUGCAUGAUAAUCUUCCUGAAUUUGCAAGAGUUGCAGCUGAAGUGAAGUUAGGGGAAACCUUGCUAAUAAAAAACUAUUUAGAAACCAUUCAAAGUGAAAAUGUGUGUGAUUUAAUUAAAAGUGCACAUGUAGGCUCUGAGUUAAAAACUUCAAACAUACAUUCAACUGUAGCCCAAUCCUUAACUGAACAAUCCAAUUCCAGAGAGACGCCAGUGGAGGAACAUCUUUCUAAAGUUAAAAUUGAAACACAAGUAAAGGAAAACCCAACUUUUUUGACACAAAACGGAGCCCUACAGGAGGGUUGUUUGGUGAGUCAACCACGUGUGGAUGCAACAGAGUUAAGCAGCCUAAAUGAUGCAGAAUUUGAAGACCAUCAAGCAAAAGCAACACUUGUAUCACCUAAAGCAGAAACCUCAACAUAUGAUGUGCAACGUGAGCAGGUUGACACAGUUUUAGUUAAUGAGGUUAGGUCACCAAAAACAGACCAAAAAGUGGAUUCUGAAAUUUUGAUUCAUGAUGUUAAAGAAGAUAUUGAUGAAAAUAUUAAACAUCUGGUUGAGGAAAUUGUGGAAUUGGAAAAUCAUCAAUCUCAUGAUUCAAAUUUGAAUCCAAAUCAUAUAUCGGAGGAGGGAUCAAUGAAAGGAGACAACAUGGAGGUUUUGAACCAGAGCGACACAAAUUAUUCAAUUAUCAAAAUGAUGGAUUUGAUUAACAAAGAUAAAAAAGAACAUUCACAACCUCAGGAACAUUACAUUGAACCUCAAAUGAUGUCUGAUGAGAAACUAAGUGCAGAAAGAGUCAUUAGUGGAAUUGAGGGGAGUGAAUUGACUCCACAAAGUGUUCAACAAGACAAAAGUUUUGACAUUACCCACCAUAACGAAGACACCAAUUUAGAUGAGCUAAGAGAAUUUUUCCAUCCAAAUAAAAACAGGAGAAAACUUGGUUCUAGUCGACGGAACAAAAUAAGUCCUGUAAAGAUUUUUGACACAUACAUUGAAUCGGAGAACGAUAUAUCCAGAAAGGCAGGAGAUGAUCAUGAUCUUCAAGAGACUAUCACAUCUACCCUGGAAACCACAGAUCAAGAAAACACGAGCUGUGAUAAAGAUGCACACACUGAGAGCAGUGUAGCAAAAACCACAAUUGUGUCACCGAAAGAGGAAAUGUCAACAAAGCUGUGUCACUGUUUCAGCUCUUCUGAAAGCUACAAUGCUCAGAGGUUAGAGGAAGAUGCCCAGAAAAUGCACAUGGUUUACCCUGUAGAAGUUAAUGAAGUUGAUCAGACUGAUCACUCCCUAGCACAGGCUUGCGUUUCUGUUGAAACCGUGCAAACAGAUGCUCCUUUGACGUAUAAAUCCUACAAAGAACUCCUGGCACAAGGUACUUCGAAUACUGGAGAUGAAACGGUGACAAUCGAGGUGACAGUGCAACAAGUGUCCCAAGAACAAAUUGAUGCACGCUUUAAACCCACUGAGCAAUUGGAAGGUAAAGUAGCAGGUCGAGAGGAAGACAUUGCUCCAAAGUUGGACAAAGAGGAUCUUCCUGAACCUGAGGGGGAAGAUACAGACAAUCCAAUGUGUUGCACCAAUAGCACUUUGAAUGUUCAAGAGGCACAGGAAACCUUUCGGCACCAAAACCCACAUGUUGUGUCUCUGAAGAAAGGGUUGCUGACAGAUAAUGUGAUGGCGCCUGAAAAAUAUGAACUAAAAAAGAAUGUGGCCAUUGCUGACAAGGAAGAAGUUGAACAACAGCAAGGAGAAUUUAAAAAGAAACCAAACAAAGCCUUUGAUUUGAAGGAAAACUGCACUACAGUACCAGAAGUGGGUGCAUGUGACACUGGCAUCCCUAACGCAGUGUAUACAUGUCAGGACCAGCUGGCGCUACAUGAGGAAAGUCUGAACUGGCAAGUAAAAAACAACGGCAAUAAAAUAAAGAUGGGCUCCACUCGUAAGCGUCAAAUAAACAGGAAGCAAGAGGCACAGAUGGACAGCUUGCACGCAGAACUUGAUAUGAGAAGUUUGGAGAACAUGGAAGUGCUGGAGGAUGUAUCACAGAAGGAAGCUUUUGAAAAUCAAAUGACAGAUUCAUUGUGUGAAGAAAGGCAGGAAACGAAAAAGGACGAGGAUGAUGAUAACCAGGAGCUUCCCAGCACUACUGGUGAAAGUCACAUAUCAGCCACAGAGGCCCUGGCUGUCCUUCCAGAACAGGUGUCAUGCUGUCAUACAGAAGAUGCUAAUCCCCUUACUUUCCAGGUAGAUGAUCUAAGCGGAAAUGAGACAUGCAUUGACACAUUUGAACCUGAUCAUGUUGCAGGCUUUGAGGUUCACAUUAAAACCUUGGUUGACACUGAGCUGUAUUCAAGUUCUGAGACUACACAAAAUAAGGGAAAUGUACCACAGCUCAAAGACCUAAAGACCUCACAUUCUGAAGAGCAUGUGGAAGCUCAAACAAAUACACAAGUAUUAAAGACUGAGAGUGUGGGAGCCCCUGAUAAAAACACAGAGACAAAGAGUCCAAAUUUGAGCUCGACACACAGAAAAAGAAAGAUGGGUUCCAGUCGCAGAAAUUUGGGGACCAUAUCAAAAGGGGACUUGGAUCAAAAGUUGGAUAUAAACAAAGUGGCUUCAGUCACGGGCCAUGUCCAAGAUGUCAUGUUUGAAAGCGCCAGUAAGAGUGAAGACAAAGACCUGACACUUCUUGUACAACACAAAAACACAGCACCCAAACAGAAUGUUGUCCUCAGCCACACUGGUGACACACAAAACAAAGCCCUGAUACAUCGAAAAAACAAGGAACAUAAAACUUCAGAGUAUCAUCUGACUCCACACGAUGAUUUAAAAGAAACUUCGCCUAAAUUUGAAGUGCUGUCAGAACUGGCACCUGAAGGGAGAAGAAGGAAACUGGGAUCCCACCGGAAGUCACGAGGGGCACACCAAACUCAACUUAGCCAAAGUAAAGGAGAGGACUCGUUGGUGAAAAGUCAGCCACAAACUUUGACAACAAUCACAGACGAACAUGAUGAUGAAAUCAUUCAAAGCUACAAUGACCCAAAGAAUCAAGAAAGUGACAUCAAGCCAUCAUCCGACAUCAUUACCUCAAAGUCUGCCAGGAGCAAGACCUCUCAGGAAGUGACUUCAUCUCAUGACCACUAUAAUCAAGUCCUCCUAGGUCAAGAUACCCAGAAGAAUAUUUCUUCAGGUCACUUUGACGUGAGAGCACAAGCCUACAACGUUGUCAUGAUUGGAGACAGCUGCGUGGGCAAGACCUCCUUCAUGAGACGAGCUCAGAAUGGCAAGUUUUAUCCGGAUAUGCCUGCUUCUGUGGGUCUGGAUACAUGUAUGUGGACUGUGGUCGUGGAGGGGAAACUUGUGGUGCUCCAGUUAUGGGAUACAGCAGGUCAAGAAAGGUUUCACAGUGUCACCAAGCAGCUCUUUCAUAAAGCGCAUGCAUUUCUCCUGAUGUACGACAUCACUUCCUGGCAAAGCUUCACCUCAGUUCACUUCUGGGCAAGCUGCAUUCAGGAAGGGGCUGUGGAAAAGAACAUUCCCAUUUUACUUCUCGGAAAUAAAAGCGACAACGUGCGACGCUGCGUUAAAACCGAAGAUGGGCAGAAUGUUGCAAAGGAGUUCAAUGCAGAUUUCAUGGAGUGCAGCGCGGUCACUGGUGACAACGUGAUUCAGUCUCUGGAGGCAGUUGCCAGGUUGUUGAGUCAGACGGUUGGUGGACAAGAGGAAAGCGUGGUGUUACACAAAGAGCCCGCAAAGAAAACAUCAGGAUGUUGCUGAACGCGUGAAGUGGUGCAAUGUGGUACAUCUCGUGGUUGGUUUGCUUUGUAAAGGUGCAUUUCAGCCAUUUAACUGGCUGCAGCUUUAGGUACGCUUGCGCUGCUUUGCGCUUAUCAGAAUCGCAUGCUCCUUGGUGACGACAAUAAUAUCCCACCCGACAUCUUUUUGGCUCCUUUCUACUGUAGGCUAAAAUGUUAAUGUGCAGUUGCUCCACCUGGUGAAUAAGAUUACUUUCUCCCGCCCAUUUUGUUUUCUAUACAUUUAUUCUGCAACAGAAAUUCUCAUCCUGUGGGAAAACACUUGUGAAAGUAGACCUCAUAUUACCAUACAUACUGUAUAACAUCUGCAGAUGUACACAUGUAUUUAUUUUUUUUAUUUAGAUUUUAUUUAACCAGGUAAAAUCCCAUUGUGAUCAAAAAUCUCUUUUCCAAGGGAGACCUGGCAAAGAGGGCAUCAGCAAGUUUACAUUAAAAACAGUAAACAACACAUAAAACAUCAAAUUUACAACAUUACAACUUGCUCACAUAAUACAUGUGCAUACAGACAAGGUAGACUGCAAUCCUUUGGUUUGAAGUUGAAGAUUUGAUUGUAGGUUAUUCCAAGCCUUCGGUGCUGAAAACCUAAAUGCUUUCUUGCCCAGUUCAGUUCUUACUUUGGGGACGACAAAUUGCAGAACAUCCAUUGAACCAAGAUUGUGACUUCCGUGUUUCUUUGUUAAAAUACAAGACAGAUAAGAUGGGGUGAUACCCAGAAUAGUUUUGUGGAUGAACACAUACCAAUGAUUGAGGCGUCGAGCACAUAAAGACGUCCAAGUAACCAUUGAGUAUAACACACAAUGGUGAGUAAGGGGAGCGCAGUUGGUGAUGAAUCUCAGUGCACCGUGGUACACACUAUCCAGCUUGUGGAGACAACCAGCAGUAGCAUUCAUGUACAAAACAUCUCCAUAGCCAAUAACAGGUAAAAAGGUUGUUUCCACCAAUUUCUGUUUCACAGUAAAAGAAAAGCAAGACUUGUUUCUAUAAUAAAAUCCCAGUAAAAGUUUCUGUUUUUUGUUUUUUUUACAAUAUAUUGAAUGUGCUCCUUAAAACUCAAGUGGUCAUCAAUUAAAAAUCCUAAAUAUUUAAAAGAAGAUACUAACACAAUUUGUUGCCCAUUUCUUGUUAAAAUGUUCUCCCACAGUGCUGAUCUUACAGUUUUUGAUGUGGUAAAGAACAUACACUUUGUUUUCUCUGCAUUUAAAACCAGUUGAAGAUAGCAAAGUUGUUCUUGUACUCUGUCAAAUGCAUGUUGUAGAUAUUUAAAGGCCUCAGCAGGAGUGGGUGCUGUGCAGUAUAUGACCAAGUAUAUGACCAAGUAUAUGACCAUCAGCGUAGAAAUGGAAGGUUGAGUUCGGAAUAUUCUGUCCAAGAUUAUUUAUGUAAAUAGUGAAUAAUAAUGGGCCCAACACAGAACCUUGAGGGACACCCUUUUUCACUUGCAGUACUGUUCGAGGAGGAACCUUCUAUCUGAACAGCCUGAGUUCUACUUGUGAGGUAAUUUGAAAACCAUCCAACUGCUUGCUGAGAAAAACCAAUAGCUGAAAGACGUUUAAUUAAAAUGACAUGAUCAACAGUAUCAAAUGCCUUUGAAAAGUCAAUAAAGAGGGGCAGACAGCACUGCUUCUUGUCAAGAGCUUCAGUUACAUCAUUUAUAAACUUCAUAGCAGCAGUAACAGUACUGUGAUUUUUGCGAAAACCUGACUGAAAUGGUGACAGAAUAAAGUUGCUGUCCAAAAAAUCUUUUAUCUGUUCACUGAUAAGGGAUUCAAGCACUUUUGCCAGAACAGAGAGUUUAGAGAUCGGUCUGUAAUUAUUUAGAUUACUAGGGUCACCUCCUUUUAAUAGGGGGAUUACAAGGGCAGAUUUCCAAUCCAAGGGGAUUUCAUUUUGAAAUUAGAGUAAGGUUAAAAAUGUGAGUCAGUAAGAAAUUCUAUCAAAAUUCUUUCUCAAAUUAAAAAACAUUUGAAUAUUUCCAAUGUAACU